GCGGUACCUCUGCGACGAUCUAGGGAUCCCUAUGGUUCUCCUAGCCAAGCAACCAGAACGCUACCACGUCUUUCUGGAUGUGGACAUCUGGGAACAGCAGUCUCGCGAGCGUGGUCACCUGGGCGGACGAGAGGAGAAGAGCAGUUGUAAGAGAGGACCUCCAAGGCUCGCACACCAGAACCCAACAUGGUCAACAGGAGAG